UAGUAAAAGCGCAACGUAUAAAAAAAAUUGUGUUUAAUUCAUUUUCAUAUCAAUUUAGCAAAUAAUUAUUAUAAUAUUUUUUAAUAAACAGAUUUUUUUUCAUGUGUUAGAAAAGAAAGAAUAUGGAUGAUCUCUUUGGUGACCUACCCCCUCCAUCAGAAAACACUGAACCAACCAAAAAAGUUUUAGCAGUGCAGGAGAAAUGUUUAAAAAGAACUUCAACAGAUUCCAUAGAAGUUCACGAAGUUAAAAGAAAAAAAUCUGAAAAAGAAGCUAAAAGUUACAAGUUAAAGUCAUUUAUAGCUGAGAGAAAAGGUGAGCGAGAUGAAAUGCAAGAUGCUGCCAUGUUAUUGGAUGAUUGUACCACUGAUUACCAUUUGUGCAAUUGCGGUUUCAAAAUCCAAAGAGCAUCAUUUCAUGCUGUAUUUGAUGGCCAUGGUGGCAAGAGAGCAUCGCAUUUUGCAAAGGACAACUUACAUCGUUAUAUCAAGACACACUUUCCAAAAGAACCUGUUGAAAAUUUCGACAAAGAAUUAAAACGAAGACUUGUUACAGCUUUUAAAGAAAUGGAUGAUGAGUUUAUUAGACAGGCAAGCAGAGAAAAUCCAGCUUGGAGAGAUGGUUCCACAGCUUCGUGUGUUCUUACGAUAAACAAUAUUUUUUACGUAGCUAGCAUUGGUGACAGUAAGACAUUACUUGUUAGAACAAAUGAAGAAAAAUGUUCUGUAGUAUCUCUAUCAAAAGAUCACUCACCAACAUUGUACGAAGAAAGACAACGAGUUCAAAACGCUGGUGGUUUUGUUAAAGAUGGUAGAGUACAAGGUGUAUUGGAGGUGUCACGAUCAUUUGGGGAUGCACGAUUUAAAAAAUACGUCAUUUCCACCCCUGAUAUCUUCAAAUCAACCAUUACAGAAAAGGAUAGGUAUCUAAUCAUUGCAUGUGAUGGCUUGUGGAAAGGAUUUACCGUUAACGAAGCUGUAAAGUUUAUCGAUAACAUUCUUAAUGACGACUCGAUAGAUGAUGUAGAUGUGAGAUAUGAAAAUGCAUGUAAAGAGGUGGCUAACGAAGCAAUACGACGUGGUAGUUCUGAUAACGUAACUGUGGUGUUAAUUCGUAUAUGUUGAUACAUCACUACUCGUUAUUGUGUGUCAGAAAAUAUAACUUCUGCCAUGUUUAUUA